CUAGUACUGUAAAAAACCAAACCAAAGCAAAACAUUUUGCCCAGGAGGUAACAGGUUUAGUUUCUCUCUCUCUCUCUCUCUCUCUCUCUCUCUCUCUCUCUCUCUGCCCAGUUUGAAACCCUCCAUCCUCCUGCCUCUGUCUUCCAAAUGCUGGGAUUACAGAUAUACAGCACCAUGCCCAGAAAUAGCCUGUCAUUCUUAGUGGCAAAAAAGUGAGUAUAAAGUGUCUUUAAGUCACAUGACCUGUCAGGGAGGCAGAAGGACGGAGAGGGAGGCUAGGGCUGAUGCUUGGUUCUGCCAUUUCAGAGCGGGAUGACCUUGGACAAAUCACUUUACCUCCUGAGCUUCUGUCUUCAUAUCCAUAAAACAGGAAAUACUAAACUUGUCUCACAAGGUAAUUGUGAGAUUAAUGAAAGAACAGGAGUGUAGGGUCAUUCAGUGCCCUACCUGUCUUUGCUUGAUCCAGGAAUCUAUGUUCUCAGUCCAGGAACAACCACACAAUUUAAACACUCUUCUACAAUGCCACCCUCCUCAUCUUUUACCAGCCCCCUGUCCGACCAGGGGAGCUGUAAAUCUACUGCCUCUUCGCCAGAUCCUUCUCUUUAGCCCAGCCUGCUUUGACUUCUCUCUGCUCUCCCUCAAAUAUCAAUAAACCAACUCCUUUCCAUUGCAGGUCCCAAAUUCACUACAAUACUUCAGGGUUCUUCUGAAGUCUCCCAGAGCCAGCUUGAAAAUGGAGUAAUGCGCCUACACUUUGGUGAAGGCAGGCCCUUUGGGUCUGUGAAGCGUGGACUCUGUGAGAGCUGAGCCUGGGGUCUCUCCAGAGCAGGAUGGCCCAGGAUCUUAGUGAGAAGGAGCUACUGAGGAUGGAGGUGGAACAGCUGAAGAAGGAAGUGAAGAACCCGCGAGCUCCGAUUUCCAAAACAGGAAAAGAAAUCAAGGAUUAUGUGGAGGCACAAGCAGGGGCAGACCCUCUUCUCAAAGGCAUCCCUGAGGACAAGAAUCCGUUUAAGGAGAAAGGCACCUGUGUCAUAAGCUGAGGGCCUGGCGUCAGGAGCCCUGAGCCAAAGUGUCCUGGGACACCUGGGAAGCAGUGAAUACUCCCCUCCUCUUACAGCAGAAAGAGUAAAGAUAUGGAAUGAAAGCCUUGUGAGUCUGUUCCCAGUCUUAUGUUCCACUCUUUCCCUCCAGUUGGCUUCUCCACCUGCUGGGUCAUGGCUAACCCCACCUAGGAACACCCCCAAGGGGCGCUUUGCUGCCUGAGCAGGUGGCACAUGGGUGGCAGGGCAGGCAGAGCCUGUAAUACUUGAAGCCCUAGAGGGCAGUGCUCGGAAGCAUUCACUCCUCCUAGAACCUGUCUCCAUUCUUCCCCAACCUCCUCUUCCCAGGUAAAAAGCAUUGGGUUGGGGACUGGUAUUGGAGGGCAGGUCCUUUCUCCCAUCCCAUGUCCUGUCCUGAGAUCUCCUUCCUAGUCAUCUAGAUCACUCCAGAUGGCCUGAUGACAAAAAACAAUUUGCAAAGUCAGGAUUUCAGGAUUGAUUUAA